AUGAAGCAUCACCACCUAGCUGGAUUCCAGCCUCCAGUCCCCGCUGCCCCCCUCCCCCGCCCCCUCUCCUCCAUGAUGCCAUAUAUCACGAGCACAGGUCACGCUGGCUCGGCCGCCUCGGCAUGA